UGUUACUUAACGCCAAGUUUAGCUAUACAAAAUAUCAGUUCAAUGUCGCCGUGCGUAUAUUAUAUAUCGCCAUAGUGUAUAUACAGAACAGUGUUUAGUAGGUAUUCGCGUAAAACAGGCCUCAACUUGGGUCAAACCUACAUACCCGUAGUGUCAAACAACGAUAUAUUAUGAAAGGAUGUUGACCGUUCCGGAUUUUCCUGGAUGUUUAUAUAGAAUAUGUAAACGUAAAGUUGUAGACAUUUAAUGCGGUGUGGGAAUAGAAAGGUUGUAAGUAUUGACAGUACUAGGUGCCACGUCUAUACUGUGGCUUUGAAGUGCAAACAUUUGGAAGUUGUUUAGAAGUAAUGCCCUCUUGUUGUUCAAAAACUGUUUAAGUAACUUAUUUACAUCGGAUGUGUGGUGUUUGCUUAUGGCCAUAAUUGAACCACUGUUUAAGUUAUGGCUGAAUUCUGAUUGGAUGGUAGUGUUGGAUACAAGUUAUGGCGAUAACAUUACAUCGUCAUAUAUUUUGAAAUGUGAAUUAGAAAAAAAAUAUCUAGAAAUGUGUUCUAUACUUGUGUGAUAACGAAGAACAUUAUGCAACGUCCAAACUCAAAAUUUCCCUGGAAUAAACAGGAUUUUGCCCAGCAGAUCGCCACUGGCCAAGGUCGGGCCUUACAGCUCCAGCCGCUGGGUAAGCCAAGGGAUAAACGGAAAAAGAGUAAAGCAAAGCGUUUACAGGAACAUGACGAGGAAGAUGACAAUCAGAAGGAGAAUUCGGAGCUCGAACCACUGAUCACAGACAGAAGAAAGAAAAGCAAAAAAGCCAUGGUUCCGAUAGAAAACACCUUGAAACAACCAGCCAUGAUGACGUCCAUGCGCGAGGGGAUCCAGAGGGCUUACCUGGACGGUCUCGAAUUUAUCCGCACAAAAAUCUCGGAAAUGGAAAUAGAUGUAGAGCGCAUUCGUGGGUCAUUCUGCGACUGCAAGGAAGGCGAAGAGGUGAGCGAGGGAAAAGGCGAAGACUAUUUGAAAAAAUGUAACGAAAAUUUUCUUAAAGCAAAUAAUGAGCUUCGUCGGAAAAAUGUCAAGCUGAACGUUAUAGAUAGUGAAAUGAAGGUUGUGGGAGUUAUUAAUAAGCUCCGAGAGGUAGCGGAUGUAGAUCAAGGGGAGAUAACUUUCAUCACGGAAUUCUGGGAAAAUGUGAAACAAACAGUGGAGGGGUUACGAAUGCUCGUAGAGAAAUUCCAAACGGAUGUGUUACAAAGACUUAAUCAGAGUUGUACAAGUUAUAAUAACGCAGACAUCAAUCUUGAAGUCUCGGAUAGGUACAUGGAAGAGAUUUCAACGUACAUAGCUGGCCUGGAAAGGGAGAUAACCAAUAUAAGACUUCUGUUGAAGAGUUUCGAUAGUGGCAUCCAUCAGGACCUGUACACAGAUUCAGAGUUUUCGGAUAAAUUAAUGGUGAGUUGUGAUUUAAAAGCAUUUCCUAUUCUUCGGCUGGUUCCGGAUCUGACAGCUAAGGUAGAAAAACUCUGUGAUAUAUCCCGGAAGUGGCUUGAUCGAGACGAACAAUACAUGGACGAGGUGAACAACUACAUUAAAAAGACACGAAAUAUGACUAAAAAGAGGGAAGAGGUGCUGAAAAAUCAAAAGGAAAAACAAAAGAAGAUAGAAAAAGCUGUUAAAACGGCCCAUAUUUUACUUCAUAACAACCGACAAAAACUCCAGAAGAUUGAAAUGGAUUUGGAUAACUUAGAGGUGCAACUUAGUGGUUUUAAGACCGAGAAGAAAACAAAACAUACUGAAAAAUCACAAAAAUCAAGUAUGGCAGACUUUCUUAAGAUUACUUUGACACAAACAAAGAAAAACUACAACCUACAAAUGAAGAGACAACGACUCGUUAAACAAGUGCACGAUUUGGAAGAGUUCCUGGUUUCGAUAGAGCGAGAGUUGUCUGAUGUUGAAGAUCGAAUGAUGGUGAAAAAACAGGAAAAAGUUCUGUUGCGUGAAAAAGUAGAAACAAACCAAAAAUCUUACGAAGCGUAUAAAACGGACUUUGAUCGUUACUCCGACGGUCUAGAAAAACUGGAACAGGAAGUGAAUGUUUUGUCAGGACAACUGUUACAGUUAGAAAUUAUCCAGACUUACAAAUGCAGCCCAGAAAACGUAGAACAGAUUUUCGAUCGACCACAGACAGUUAAAUUAGCACCAUCAUUAAAAGAAAAGAUAAAACGGAAGCGGAAAACUCUUGUGACGUCAGAAUGAGGUCAAAGUGUAUUACUAAAAGUGUCACGUGCAUUGCAUAUCGUUGUCUGGGACUAUAUACAUGCAUCAAACGUAAAUAUGAUUUGAAUCUAUUGGACGUAUACACUUUGACAUCAUAUACCUCCGUCCUAUCUAUAAUGCAUUUGUCCUUGAACAAAUGAUGAAGGUCAAUGUUAAAUUGUUCAUAUCGUACGAGGACACAAUAUAAACCUUGAUAAUGAUAAAAAAGUCAUUUGUUAAACUAAAAAGUUUAUUCACAAGUUCAGCGAAUCAUAAGUGAGUAUAAGGAAGUUUAUCACCCCUAUGGCCAUGAAUAUAAGAUUCUGAUCGGAUGGUGAGUGACGUCAUUUCCUCUAUGUUAUUUCCGGUAACUUAGCGACAGCAUUCGGAACCACUCGUUAUUUUCCGCACAGAAUAUAUUUUUCAGUCAGACCUGUGUUCAUUACUGAUUGAAAUGAACUCGCAGGGUCAUAUAUACAAUAUAUAGUGAAAGUAAUUUCAAUACUUCUAUGAAACAGUUUCUUGGUUACCUAAUUUCUCAAUGUUAACGAAAAAUCUAUUUGAACAAGAUACUACAAGUCUUGGAAAAUGUUCGAUUUGGAAAAUGAUUUAUAGGCCAACCAACCAAACUAGAAAAUGUAAAUAACUACAUUUUAGCUUAAAAGAAAUAUUACGAUAAUAAUUCCGAGAAAAAAAGCAUGAAUUACGUACAGUUGUGAGUAGUAUCAACCCCUACGCUAAGUUGCCUUUCGGUAUCGUAUUAAGAUGUUACAAACACUUUCACGAGUAAGUGUCGACAUCAUAAGAAUGUUUGAGAUUAUUGUUUAUGAUAACCUCUCCCAAAGAGGAAAGUGAGAAAAGUCAAAGAAUGAUCAUUAGUUGUGAUAACAAUAUAAAUUUCAACUUUGUUACAAUUGUUUUUGCAUCGACUUUCGUAAAUCACUGCCACUGAAUUUGUGGACGAUUCAACUUUGUUGAUUUAGAUAUUUUCAAUUAACAUUUUAUUGUUUUUUGGCAAACAUUUUCAUUGUUAAAAUCUUCAUUUGUAUUUCCUUUGAUGUUCGGUUAUUGUAAUCAUCGAUAUGUUUUCAUUAAUGUAGUCAUCGAAGAAAUCACUUCUGUUAAUCAAAUCUUACUGAGAAAAGACCAAUACAAAAGUAGUAGUUCUUACAAAAGAUAUUCUUAAAGCAGAUAUAACUUUAAACCAGACACUCGUUCAAAGCACAAAAUCAGUAAUUUUCGGUUAUGAUGGUGUUCUUAAGACAGAUCUAAGAAAAAUAAUGUUGAAACAUAUGUCAUUUUCAAGACAUCUGUUCCACCAAAAAACCAUGACCCACUAACGUAUAUCGUAUAUUUAACACUACAUGACAACUUGGCCAUAUUUGUGACAUCAUGAAUGUAGCGUUGGAUACCGCUGGUUAUUAAUUGUAGACGGUCGAUAUAUUUUAUCAAAUAAAUAUUAUGAUUUUGAUGAUCAAUUCAAUUGAAAUAUGAGAAUAGAAUAUUUGAAAAGGUGUUAAGAAUAAUAAUUAGCGUGUUUUUGGUUUACAAUCAAACUUUUUAUGAAUGGUAACUGGAUUCCGCUUUUAAAUUCCAAAUGAAUUCAGUUCUCCCUCAGGUAUAUCUCUGUAAUGACAGAUUCUGACAGAACACACGACGAAAUGUACUGUACAAUAACAUUAAAUCAUAGACCACAGAAUUACUAACAUACAUGUGUAACGAGGGUUUGGCCUUUUAUGACAUGAUGGUCUUUGACAUCUAACUAGAAAGGACAUAUGAGAUUAUCAAUUAUUGAUAGUGAUGCUUAGAAACGUGUGUCUAUGAAGUCGAGAAUUCAUUCUAUCUUCAAAGAAAAUGUAUCUUUUGAUGUGUAUGGAACUAUAGUGUUGGUCGACCUCAAGUGUUUGGUGCUGGAGCCAGUAGAAUUACAAGUAACAUUAAUAACACGAAGGUGAAAUUGUUUACCAGUGUGUCAAUUAUCGCCACCAACAUUGUUAAACGGAACUCAUGUUAAGUUACAAUGACCUCAUUGUGAAUUUAUGACAUUUAAAUCAUAUUUUAAAAAUAUAUUUUUCUAUUUCAAGUAUCCGGUACACACAAUCUAGUAAUUAAAUAACAAAAUGGCCACACAGCAAUACUUUGUUUUGUUGGUAAACAGAAAUUGAAGUCAAACAAACGAAUAGGACAACAUCAUCUAGAUACAGAUGCUUUAGUGUUAAACACUUGAUUUGCAUGACUAGAUUCUUUGGUUACCAUGUCUAUAUUUUCUGAAAAAUGAAAAUAACAAAAUGUUGAAUAAGUUAAUAUUGUUUUACUAAACAGGGGCACGUUAAUAUAUAAGCACCUUCCUCCUAAUGCCAAAUAUCAGCGAUAAAUACAACACGAUGUCAAAGUUCCAUAGCAUAAACAACACAUUUUCCAUAUAAGCCAACUGUUUUUGAACCAGUGUUCCACAGUAAGUACCAAACAUGUGCAUUGCAUGUCUAUGUGUUUGUUUAUUGUUUGUUUCAUCUUGUUAUUCAUUCUUUCAUCUUUACAUGGUUAUAAGUUUUGAUUCAUCAGUCAUUUUAUUUGCACUUCUUCAGAAAUCAAAAUUUUAAUAGUGUUUUACAUAAUGUCCAUACUCAUGAGUGUUCGGUAUCAUGUAUACUGUCUCUACUGUUAUCCUCUUCAUAGCGUUAAACAUCUCUGUUUCAGUGUUGACGCUGAAACAGGUAUAUAUUUUUGAAUCUCGAUCUAUAAUUGAAUGUGUUUGUUUAUAAAUUUCUUAUAUUGUUGCAUGAAUAUGUAAACAGAGGGCGGGUAUGAGUAUACAUGGCUCGAAUAAUAAUAGCGACCGUUCAAGUUCCGAGCUACUUCAUGAGCUGCAGCGGGCUCUAAUUUGGGCAAAUUCGUAAAUGAGCAAUGUGAACAACUACCUUCAAUAAAUUCAGUCAUUUUCAUAAUUUUGCGAAUGAUAAUUCUUUCGGUUCAAACUUUCUAGUAAUCCGCGAAUAUUGAACCAAUUGAUAAUUGACAAAUCCAAAAAUAAGCAUAUGUUUCGAUGCGUUUAAUUUUUUCCUUUUUUAAAGAUGAAAUAAGAAAAAAAACACAAAACACCUCCUAAUUGAAAACCUUAUGCAUGGAUAUAAUUUUCAUAUCUGCGAAAAAUGCUUUUAGAGCCAAUGUUUUGGCGAAACAAAACAUUGACAGCAUAUCAACAGUUUUCACUGUAUUCUGUCUGUGUCUGCGAAUGUUUGAUAAAGUUUCUUAAUGAUCCAUCCUGUAUGAAUGAGUGCCAUAGCGGGAUAAUAGGUUACAAGGAUAUCAUGUGUUAUGUGUAUGCUUUAUACCAAACGACAGUCGAGAUAUGUUAGCACAAAUGCCUUAUAUGCCAAAUACGCAAAUUACAUUUUUAUGAAAAUAGA